UUUUAAAGGGCCAUCGGUCUAAAUUCCAUUUCCGUUGACUAUAUACAGUCUUACAGUCUGUCAAAUCAAAAGUAAUCAAGUCUAUUAUCACCGUCAUAUCAAAAAGAUAAGAGCAAAAAGUAAGGGUUUAAAAGAAGCCCGAGAGAGAAAGGAAGACUGAUCAGACUUUUCAUUCGCGCAGGUGACGUGGAACAGAAGUCGUGCUUUCUUGAAUACUUGUAAUAAUUGAAGAUGUCCGAACAGACUUUCGAGUACAGCGUCGCUAUGUCGUGCGAAGGCUGCUCCAAUGCGGUAAACAAAGUACUCGGCAAAAUAUCAGCUGUAAAAGAUGUCAAGAUUGACCUCCCUGCCAAAAAAGUAUUCGUAACGACAACACUGGACCACGAUGCAGUGCUGGAGUUAUUAAAAAAGACUGGAAAAGCUUGCUCUUACAUUGGAAUAGCAGCAAAGUAAAUAUGAAGUAAGAUAUUAAAAAAAUAAUAAUAAUUUUUUUUUAUCAAACAAAAUCUGUAUUAUA